UGUCCUGACGUCAGACACCCGGAAGUGUCUGGUGUUUGUUUUGAACGGGUCAAACAUGGCUGCUGCUGUUCGUAGACUACUGUGCAGCCACGCAAACUAUUUCGGCCGCACACGUUUGCUCCCCGGACGCCGGUUCUUCUCUGGCACAACGGAACCGGAACCACUGACCGUGCGCAAGCAGGACAACGGUAUCAGACGAAUAAUACUGAACAAUCCCCGAAAGAGGAACGCCCUGUCUCUGUCCAUGCUGGAGUCUCUCCGAGAGGACAUCCUCACUGAUGUGGACAGCCCGGAUCUUCGAGUUAUCAUCAUAUCAGCUGAAGGUCCCGUGUUUUCCUCUGGCCACGACUUGAAGGAGCUGACGUCAGCCCAAGGUCGAGAGUAUCACACGCGUGUGUUUCACACGUGUGCGCAGGUGAUGACUCUGAUACAAGACGUACCCGUCCCCGUCAUCGCCAUGGUGAAUGGCGUGGCCACGGCGGCGGGCUGCCAGCUGGUGGCCAGCUGUGACGUGGCGCUGGCCUCCGACAAGUCCACCUUCGCCACCCCGGGUGUCAACGUGGGGCUCUUCUGCUCCACGCCGGCCGUGGCCAUCGGCCGGGCUGUGCCCAGAAAGGUUGCCAUGGAGAUGCUUUUCACGGGCACUCCAAUCUCAGCUCACGAGGCUCUGGUGCACGGACUGCUCAGCAAGGUGGUUCCGGAAGAGCGACUGGAAGCGGAGACGUUAGCCAUUGCCCAGCGUGUGUGCGGGGCCAGCCGACCCGUGGUGGCCCUCGGCAAGGCCGCCUUCCAGAGACAAAUGUCCCAAGGUCGGGAUGCGGCAUACGCCAGCGCCUCCAAGGUCAUGGUGGACAACCUCGCUCUGAGAGACGGACAGGAGGGAAUACGAGCCUUCAUCGAGAAACGCAAGCCGGUGUGGAGCCAUCGAGUCGAAAACGUCCACGACUGAUGCGCGCUGCGCAGAUGUCUAUUUCCAAUUGAUACCAUCCACUGAUCCUGGCUCACAGCCCUGCGGGCCUGAAAGAGUUGCGUUGUGAAAAUGCCGAAUGGAAGUAGAAUGGGCUCAUAAAGCGACAGAAUGAUGCCUUU